UUGUUUACUUCGUGUGUUGUAUUUCCAAGUUGUCCAUAAUGCAAAUUUAGAAUAGGGAAAAAUUAUCAUAUUCUACAAUGCUAUUGGAAAAAAUAAUGCUAAGUGCAUCAAAAAUCUGAUCGAGUUCAUGUGUUUACAUCCAAAUAUGGCAUCCAGUGGCGACAAAGAUGGUUUUCUAGCGAAUGUUACGAUUUUGCAAUAUUCACUUGAAAACGAUACGACAACUGAGAGUUCGAAAAAGACGGGCGUUGGUCCCAGUGCGAACACAAAAUUGGUUGAUAAAUCAGUUGCACAAACAGGCACUGUUGUAAAAAAAGAAACAGAAGAGCCAUCGGAGCCGUCUGCUUUGAAACGCCCUAUCGAAUUCAAAAGAAUGCGUAAACCAAAGCCGUCAACAUUAGGUAUGGCUCGAAAUCAUCGUUGUACCUUUGCCGGCUGUGAUAAAAGCUACACACAAGCUAGCCAUUUGAAGGCGCACGAGAUUCUACACGGAGGUUCGUUUCCUUUCCGGUGUCUCUGGGAGGAUUGUGAUCGAUCGUUUGCCCGUUCGUUUGAAUUGUCUCGACACAGACGACAACAUACGGGAGAGAAAAAAUUCAUGUGCCAUCUCUGCGGACAGGCAUUCAUGAGAAGCGAUUAUCUGUCGAUGCACGUGAAACGACACAACAACGCAUGUAAGCAUCACUAUCAGCAGCAAGAGCAUUUAGAGGCGCACGAGGAAAAUCAUUCCGGCGGAAUAAUCUGCGAGAAGGAGUCUCAGCCGGAGGAAUGCGAACAGGAAGAGCCGACUGGGAGCAAUUCAAAGUUUUUGAUGCAGAAUGAAAAUGUUGAAUUGGUUUAUGAAGAACACGAUGAAUAUAAAGAACCAUCAAAUUCGCAGAGAAAUACUGAAAGCUGCCAUGAAAGUGAUUCCGAACAAAGUUAUACGGAGGAACAUAUACAUAAUGUGACGGACGACCAUAUCCAAUUUAUGGAUAGAGAAUCAGAAAAUCAAGAGCACUCGGAAGAUCCACGUCAUUUGAUUCAGGUUUUUGAUGCAGACAUUCACUUAGAGAAGAAUCUCAUAGUUCUGGAAGAGGAUCCAGAUGUUAAUCUCCAAAUAUGUAUGAAUGAGGACCAACCUAAGGAAACAACGUACACCAAAGUACGUAAAUUCACCUGUCCAUGGGAAGGUUGCGGACGAACUUACACGAAAUCGUCGCAUGUUACAGGUCACAUGCGAGUGCAUACCGGUGAACUACCCUUCGUGUGCAGUUGGGACGGUUGCAAUAGUCGUUUUGCACGAUCGGAAUCUUUAACGCGACAUUAUCGAAAGCAUUCGGGAGAACGUAAUUUUCUCUGCCCGGAGUGUGCUGCAAGCUUUCGGAGAAGCGACCAUCUGCGUGGUCAUAUGAAGCGACACAACAUUACCAAGUAUAUAAUAGACAAAGUAGUCAAAACUCCGGAUAAAUCGAAACCGCCAUCUUCGAAACUGUCCGCCUUCAAUCAUGCCAGCAAACCCAGAAGAUGGCGGAAACCAAAGGCGCCAACAGUGGGAAUGGCUCGAAAUCAUCGCUGCACCUUCGCUGGGUGUGAUAAAAGUUACACACAAGCUAGCCACUUGAAAGCACACGAGAUUCUACACGGAAAUACAUUUCCCUUCCGAUGUCCCUGGGAGGAUUGUGAUCGAUCAUUUGCUCGUUCAUUUGAAUUAUCUCGACACAGACGACAACAUAUGGGAGAGAAAAAAUUCAUGUGCCAUCUCUGCGGGCAGGCAUUCAUGAGGAGCGAUUAUCUGUCGAUGCACGUGAAACGGCAUCACUUCGGAGCGCAUCAGAAUCAUUCCUAAAGCAACGGUAUUGAUUGAUUUAGACAAAUGAUAAUGCUCAAUAAGAGUAAACACGUUAAUGUAUUGCGGAAUCAAAUUUACGAAAUUGUUUUCGAUUUUAUUUUUCUGUUGAUCUAUCGUUAUUUAUUUCAUAUGUAAAGAGAUAUGUAGCACAUUCUAUAUUAAUGAAAACAACUAAAAAUAAAUUUUAUUUCUAUUUUUAUCUACGUACAGAACUUAGAAGUCACUGUUCGUAUUAAUGGUUAAAUUAAGGCGCCUAGAAAUAUAUCCUAAGGUGGGUCAACAUCACUAACCAACUUAGUGACGAAACGGCCUCACCUAGUACCAUAAAUCCGUCUUGGCUGUGACGUGUUAGCUUCGCAAGUAUCAUGGGACGGUAAAUUUGUCCUUUUAAGUUUAUUUCUAUUGUAUUUUAGCUCAACGUAUAUAUUUAUCCAUUGGCGUAAAGAUAAUCCAAUUAAGUUUUCUUUCUAAUCAAAACCUAGUGGAAAUUGUGGCUCGGCAAUUCGGAUGUUAGCUUCUUGAAGCUUUCUGUAGCUUUCCGAUACCGCAGUGCUUGAAUUAGGCUAUCAGAACCGGGCGAAUCACUAGGUUUCUCAUUAGAGUUGUUGAUGGUGCUGCUUCUGAUUUCCUUUGACGGAAUAUCCCUCUCGGGAUAGUCAUGUUUCCUCCCAUUAGAAAACUGAAUAGGUUCCGCGGAUGUUUUUAAUGGAUUCAACUCUUACUUUAUGUCAAUCAAGAUUUUUCGGUGAGCUUUCCGGUUUUUAUUUCCCGAGGCAUGAUCAUUGUAAAC